AUGGUCGCACACUUGAGGACUGCCCUGCGCGUGUCGCCGCAGCUGAGGGCCGGCUCGGCUCGCCUCUUCUCUUCCCAGACCUGUCUGCGCCAGGAGAUCCGCGAUGCUUACAUCCUGGGCGCUGCCCGGACGCCAACAGCGAAGUUCAAUGGCUCGUUUGUCAGCGUUUCGGGGCCUGAACUGGGCGCUGUUGCUAUCAAGGCUGCCCUCGAGAAGUCUAAGGUACCAGUCGAAAAGAUCACAGAUGUCUACAUGGGUAACGUCCUCCAGGCCUCGAUCGGGCAGUCCCCUGCUCGCCAGGCUGUUAUCUUCGCCGGUCUGCCCCGCACCGUCGAGGCCGUCACCAUCAACAAGGUGUGCGCCUCCGGCCUCAAGGCUGUGGCGCUCGCCGCACAGAACAUUCAGCUCGGCCUUUCUGACGCCCAGAUCGCCGGCGGCUUCGAGAACAUGUCCCGGGUGCCCUACUAUGUCCCGCGCGCCAGCGGCCUCCCUCCCUUUGGCCAUGUCAAGAUGGAGGACGGUCUGAUCAAGGACGGCCUUACCGACGUGUACGACCAGAUCCAUAUGGGCAACUGCGCCGAGAAUACGGUCAAGAAGUUCGGCAUCACGCGUGAGGAGCAGGACCAGUACGCCAUCCAGUCGUACGAGCGUGCCCAGGCCGCCUGGAAGGCCGGCGCUUUCAGUGACGAGAUCGCCCCGGUCACUGUUAAGGGCAGGAAGGGCGACGUUGUCGUCAGCGAGGACGAGGGUUAUCUCGACGUCAAGCCGGAGAAAGUGCCGACGCUGAAGCCAGCCUUUGUGCGCGAUGGCACCGGUACGGUCACGGCGGCCAAUUCAUCGACGCUGAAUGACGGUGCCAGCGCGCUGGUGCUGGGCAGCAAGGAGAUUGCGCAGCAGUACGGCGCCGGCUCUCGCGUGCUGGCGCGCAUCUGCAGCUCGGCCGACGCUGCUGUUGAUCCCAUCGACUUCCCCAUUGCGCCCUCCAAGGCCGUACCCAUCGCUCUGGAGCGGGCCGGCAUCACGAAGGACCAGGUCGCUGUAUGGGAGUUCAACGAGGCCUUUGCUGCUGUCAUUAAGGCCAACGAGAAGAUCCUGGGGCUGGAGGGUGCACGGGUCAACCCGCUCGGUGGAGCCAUCUCGCUGGGCCAUGCACUUGGCAGCUCGGGCUCGCGUAUCCUGGUGACGCUGCUGCAUCAACUCAAGCCUGGCGAGUACGGCGUGGCCGCCAUCUGCAACGGUGGCGGCGCUGCGACGGCCAUGGUGGUCCAGCGUAUCGAGUCUGUCUAA